UUUGUAUCGGAAGAUUAAAGUUGGUGUGUAACAUAAAUAAUUUUUUAAAUUUAAAUAAAUAUUUAUUCAAAAUAAUUGAGAAAUAAUAAUAAAGUUUCUUCAACAAAAUCCUAAUAAAGUAUUUUAUAAUAUUAAAUAUUGAACGAGUAAUGAAAUGUAAAGAAAUAUUGAAAUAUUUGAAGGAAAAAAAAAGAAUUUUUCCUCUUCGCAUUUUUUUUUUUGAAUAAUUACGCGUAACAAAAACACGGGUUACGACGACAACGACAACGACGACGGGGAUUAACUUACUGAUAAAAAGAAGAAUAUUAUACACAUAUAUAUAUGGGUAGAUAUAUCUACAUAAUAUUAAGAGUAAAAUCAAAUCUUUCAAUAUAAAUAUAACAAAAUUUAUCCUCCGAAAAAGAUUUUUAAGAAAUACAAGGAAAUUUUUAUCUUAAUUGUACAUGAACAUGAAAAUUUUAUUAAAUUUUGGCUUCAAUUUUUAAUAGACAAAUUUGUGUAUACAUGGCAGUAAACUAUUAAGUAUAAUUUUAAAUAGAAUAAAAAAUUGAAGGUGAAAAAAGCUGAAAAAGGCUUCAGAGAGUAAAUCGAUUCAAAAGUGAUUUUGAUUAUUCGUAAUAACUAAUAAGUAUAACAAGUAUAACAAAAAAGUAUAACAAAAAAAAAAAAUCAAGAUUUCAGAAUUUUGUAAAAUUAUCUACAUAAAUACCUACUUAAUAUUUUGCAAUCGAUCAUAUACAAAUAAUUGAGAAAAUAUAAUUAAAUAAUAGCAAAAUUAAAAAAAAUUAUUUUUUGGUCUCAAUCUCAAGUACCUACUAUUUUGAUUGUAGUUAUGGUUGUUCCCCCCUCUAUAUGCAUAAUAUGUAUGUACGUAUACAAACAAGAUAAGUGAUUUAAAAACAUAAAAAAAAUAUGAUAGAAAUAAAAAAUAAAACAAAAGAAAUAUUAAAAAAAAAUUUCUAAUUGAAAUAUCAUUGAAAUUUGUUAAAUUAAAACAAAAACUUUAGAAGUGAUUAUUUAACAUUUUCUUCCUCAUUUUAUAUCAAAAAACAAAAAAAUACAUUUGUUUGGUUGGAUUUGUGUUGUAUUCCAAACACGUAUACAAAAUAACUAAGAGUGUAUAACCUACCUGUGCAUGCCUGCCUGAUUGCCUAUGUAACAAAAACAAUAAAAAAAAAACAGAAAAAAUAUAUCAGCGAAAUUUAAAAAAAAAGAAGAGAAAGAAAAAUUUGAAUAUUCAAAAAAAUACAAAAAUAAAAAAAAAAUAGAAAUUGGGCCACUAAUGUCAAGAAUUUAAUAAAAUAAAUAUUAAAGGUAUAGUUUAAAACUUAGUAGAUUUAUAGAAUUAAAUGUAUCACUUAUUAUCAAAUAAAUAAAAAAUAUAAAUAUAGUGUGAAAUAUAGACAAAAAACAAAACAGAAACUAGUGCUAAUUAUUUAAAAAAAAGUAGUUAACUUAAAAAAUUAGAAAUUGUAUUUUGAUUCCUUUAGAGUAUAACAAAAGUUAAACAAAAUUUGUGUGAAAUUAAACUUGCCAAUUUUUCUUUUUUUACAAAUUAAUUAUACAUUAAAAAGUAGUUAUAUUUAAAAUAAAAACAAUAACAAACAAUAAUAAGAAACCAAAAAAGUAUAAACAAAACUCUUAAUAUAAGUAAACAUAACCUACAAUUUACAAACCUACGUCAACCAUAUUCUUACCAUAUAAAUUUAGAAGAGAUCUUUUUGUUUAGAUUUUAUUAUUGUAAUUAUUAUUUGUAAUUAAGUACCUAUAUACAUAGUUUUUCUUAAAUUAAAAAAAAAAUUGAAUUUCUUUUCGUAUUUAAAAACAAUUAUUUUAAAAUUUAUACAAAUUGUGCUAUUUAAUUUGCUGUGUUUGCAACAUUUUUAUUUGUUUACUUCAACAUUUUGUGUUCAACAAUCCUCAAACAGAACAACAACGUCAACGUUUGGCAGCAUCAAACGAAGAAAUACAAAGGUUGCAGCCACAAAAUAGUAAUAAUCAAAAUAAAACCGUUGAUUAUACGGGGCGGCAGCAGCAACAGCAGCAGCAGCGAAAAAGCAGCGAAAAUAAUAUUAAGAGUGGCCGGCAACAUAAUUCACAACAGAAUAAUAAUACCAAUAUGGCUUGGACAGAGCAUCAUCAUCAACUUCAUAAGCAUCAUGAACAACAUCCGCAGCAACACCAUAAUCAAGAAUUUGGAAUACAUUUUCAACAAAAUCCAUUUAUUCAUCAUCACCAAUAUCAUCAUUCUCACCACGAUGACGAAGAACUAAGGCAAUUAGAUGAUGAUAAUAUAGAAAAAAAUAAAUUACAAUUACAAAAACCAAAUGAUAAUGAAAAUGACCUUCUUAAUCAAAAUAAUUAUCAACAACAAUAUCAUCAUCGUAAUCAUCGUAAUUCAUUAGUAAAACAAAUACAACAUAAUCAACAUUUUCAAAAUCAUUUAAAUCAUCAUCAUCAUCAAAAGCAUUAUACAAAUAAGCAAAUACAAAAUCAACAUUAUUAUCAUUACCAACAACAACAACAACAACAGCAACAACAUGAACUACAACAACUAGAACAUCAACAACAACAACAGCAGCAGCAACAAAAACAACAAUUUGAUAUAGAAUCACCUGAUACAUGCCAAUUGGCAGCAAUUUCUUUAGAAUUUAAUAAAUCAAAUGAAAGAAUUGAUGAAGAAAUUUUUGGCAAUAAUACCAACAUUUGUUCUUCACCCUGGCCAAUGGAAUAUGAAAAUUCUUCAACAUUAGUUUUAAAAAAUAAUAGCAACAAUAAUUUAAAUAGUAGUGGUAACAACGAUAUUAAAUUAUGUACAGAUGAUGAAAAAAUUAUUUCUUGGCCUAUCUCUCGGCAACAGCAACAACAACAGCAGCAAAUACAAAAUAAUGAAAAACCAAAAUUACAGCAACAACAACAACAUUCAUCUAAUAAAAUUUAUGAGGAUGACGACGAUAUGAAUUCUGAGGUAAAUAAGUAAAAAAGACAAAAAAAUUAGUUUUGUAUACAAACCAAACUACUUUUAGAAAUCUAAAAGGCUUCCUCUUAUUUCUCCUUUCAUUUCCAUUUUAUGUAUAAACUUAAUUCACAAAUUUCUU